GGCAGUUGUAUUAUCAGUGCUUAUUUUGUGGGUGUGUUCAGAUGUGUCCUAAUAUCUAAUGUGACUCAGUCUAUUCUGUAGACUGCGAUAAGACAGCCAGGCGGUUGAAUCUACAUCUCGAUUGUCGAGGCAACCCCCUGGUAUAUGGGCGUGUGACUGGCUGGCUGGGUCCCGAGACACCGGAGACUCCAAACGAAGCCUGUGUUCUCAACAGCGCUACAGGAGCUGAGCACACACGCAGGAGAGGUGCGUGACGCCCUGUACAGAGGGAGGAAUAAUAAAUGCUAAAUUCGAGUCAAGCAGUCAAUGCAUUCAAUCAAUCAAUGCUCUAUAGGAUAUUGACAUUUUCUAACCUCGGGUGAUAUUUUGGACUGACUUUUACCGGCGCCGUGCUACUCAUUGUAAGCGCAAAUCCCGUACCCCUCACUUGAUACUACUGACAGCAGCGGAUAGGUGGCUGUGUGUACACUGAGUUGAGUCUCCGGGAAGGAAUUGGCAGCGGGUGCGUGCUUUUGCGCGGAGCAGAGAGGUGCUGAGCUUCAGGGUUGCCCGGACCGGCCCCGGCGUACUACAGGCUACGAAUUGACUGGGGAAAUAUUUGGGAAUUGACUUCCUCUCUCGUCAGCGGUGGAGACCUGUCCUUUCCUGUGGUUGUUUUUGAGGUUAACGGAUUUGGAAGGAGGUGCGGAGACUUUGACAGAGAAACAGAGAGGGCAUACUCUCAGCCUGCCGAAAACUGCUUCGCUUCGACAUUGGAUACAUACGGGGUUGUGAGUGAGUCUACAAGACGCAGCACCGACGGAUUACCUCUUGCCUGGUCAUCGUUUCCAAGGAGUUGAAACGGGAGUGGUGCUGGCGCCGGGGAUUUGUACUUAUUCUUUUACUCGCUCCGACUACUUGUGUGGAGGAAAUGGCAACGCCAGUGUUUGAGAGAGGACCCCGACUGGAAGAGAGAGGAACCCGGACCUGAAUGACAGGAUACAGCAGCCGACCUGAGACAUAUCCACACACAUUUCAACUGCUUUAGUCAAGACACUUCUGCUUUAUUUGUUUUCUUUCGGCCCACGCUUGAAAAUAAGGAAGAAUUAACAGGACCUGAAAAACAUUGGGAGGAGUUUUAUUUCGUUUUUCGUUUUUCCUCAUUUUAUUUUGUUUCUAACAAAACAAGGAUGCAUUGUGGAUUAGUGCUGUUCCUCUUAAUGGGAAUCUUCUUCGUCGCUAAGGCUUUCAAAAAUGACAAGUGUGGGGACAACAUCAGAAUAACCAAUGCGAAUUACCUCACCUCGCCUGGGUAUCCGACAUCAUAUUUGCCAUCUCAGAAAUGCGUUUGGGUGAUAACAGCGCCUGGACCUCACCAAAGAAUUCUAAUCAACUUUAACCCGCAUUUUGAUCUCGAGGACAGAGAGUGCAAGUAUGACUAUGUGGAGGUGCGUGAUGGCGUGGAUGAGAAUGGUCAGCUGGUGGGGAAGUACUGUGGGAAGAUCGCCCCGUCACCCGUGGUGUCUUCUGGGAACCAGCUCUACAUCAAGUUUGUGUCCGACUACGAGACCCAUGGAGCAGGCUUCUCCAUCCGCUAUGAGGUCUUCAAAACAGGUCCGGAAUGUUCCAGGAACUUCACGUCUAACAGCGGGGUGAUAAAGUCACCUGGUUUCCCGGAGAAGUAUCCCAACAACCUGGACUGCACCUUCAUGAUCUUCUCCCCCAAGAUGUCCGAGAUCAUCCUGGAGUUCGAGAGCUUCGAGCUGGAGCCUGACACCACUCCUCCCACCGGGGUCUUCUGUCGAUACGAUAGGCUGGAGAUCUGGGACGGCUUCCCUGGAGUUGGUCCGUACAUUGGGCGGUACUGUGGUCAGAACACCCCUGGUCGUAUCAUCUCUUAUACGGGCAUCCUGGCCCUGAUAAUCAACACAGACAGUGCCAUCGCCAAGGAGGGAUUCUCUGCCAACUUCACUGUGUUGGAACGGACCGUGCCAGAAGACUUUGACUGUACAGACCCGUUGGGUAUGGAGUCAGGGGAGAUAGCAUCAGAGCAGAUCGUAGCUUCGUCCCAGUACAACCCUGGCUGGUCCCCGGAGCGAGCCAGACUCAACUACUAUGAGAACGCAUGGACACCAGGAGAGGACAACAACAAAGAGUGGAUACAGGUGGACUUGGGUUUCCUCCGGUUCGUGACGGCCGUCGGAACACAGGGGGCCGUUUCCCAGGAGACCAAGAAGACCUACUGGGUCAAGUCGUACAAGGUGGACGUCAGCUCUAACGGAGAAGACUGGAUCACCCUGAAGGAGGGUUCAAAACAGAAGGUUUUCCAAGGGAACACCAACCCCACUGAAGUCACCAGGAAGAGGCUUCCCAAAGCCACGCUCACCCGCUACGUCCGGAUCCGGCCCGUCGCCUGGGAAACAGGCAUCGCUCUGCGCUUCGAGGUGUACGGCUGUAAAAUAUCAGAGUAUCCAUGUUCAGGCAUGCUUGGCAUGGUAUCGGGCCUGAUCACUGAUGCCCAGAUCACAGCUUCGUCCCACACGGACCGGAGCUGGGUACCCGAGAACGCCCGCCUGCUGACCAGCCGCUCCGGGUGGACCCUGCUGCCCCAACCCCAGCCCUUCACCUCAGAGUGGCUACAGGUGGACCUGGGGGAGGAGAAGCUGGUACGAGGGCUCAUCAUCCAGGGAGGGAAACACAGAGAGAACAAGGUGUUCGUGAAGAAGUUCAGACUGGGAUACAGUAACAACGGAUCUGAUUGGAAGAUGGUCCAGGACGCCAGCGGCAACAAGCCAAAGAUUUUCGAGGGGAAUCAGAACUACGAUACACCAGAGCUGAGGACCGUGGAGCCCUUGCUGACCCGAUACAUCAGGGUUUACCCAGAGCGGUCCACCCCUGCUGGGAUGGGCCUGCGCCUCGAGCUCCUGGGCUGUGAGAUCGAAGCUCCCACAAUCCCCCCCACCACGCCCGCCCCACCCACCGCCCCUUCAGACGACUGUGAUGAUGACCAAGCCAGCUGCCACAGUGGAACAGGUGAUGACUACGAAGUGACAGGUGGAACCACAAUGCCAGAGGCUAUGACAGAUGUGGACACCAUCCCAGCGUUCCUGUGGUUUGCGUGUGAUUUUGGCUGGGCCAACGACCCCUCGUUCUGCGGUUGGACCUCAGAGGACAGCGGCUUCAGAUGGCAGAUACAGUCCAGUGGCACACCCACGCUCAACACUGGACCCAACAUGGACCACACAGGUACAGACACAUCAACACUGGACCCAACAUGGACCACACAGGUACAGACACAUCAACACUGGACCCAACAUGGACCACACAGGUACAGACACAUCAACACUGGACCCAACAUAGACCACACAGGUACAGACACACAGACACAUCAACACUGGAACCAACAUGGACCACACAGGUACAGACACACAGACACAUCAACACUGGAACCAACAUGGACCACACAGGUACAGACACACAGACACAUCAACACUGGAACCAACAUGGACCACACAGGUACAGACACACAGACACAUCAACACUGGAACCAACAUGGACCACACAGGUACAGACACACAGACACAUCAACACUGGACCCAACAUGGACCACACAGGUACAGACACAUCAACACUGGAACCAACAUGGACCACACAGGUACAGACACACAGACACAUCAACACUGGACCCAACAUGGACCACACAGGUACAGACACACAGACACAUCAACACUGGACCCAACAUGGACCACACAGGUACAGACACACAGACACAUCAACACUGGAACCAACAUGGACCACACAGGUACAGACACACAGACACAUCAACACUGGAACCAACAUGGACCACACAGGUACAGACACACAGACACAUCAACACUGGAACCAACAUGGACCACACAGGUACAGACACACAGACACAUCAACACUGGAACCAACAUGGACCACACAGGUACAGACACAUCAACACUGGAACCAACAUGGACCACACAGGUACAGACACACAGACACAUCAACACUGGAACCAACAUGGACCACACAGGUACAGACACACAGACACAUCAACACUGGAACCAACAUGGACCACACAGGUACAGACACACAGACACAUCAACACUGGAACCAACAUGGACCACACAGGUGGAUCUGGUAAUUUCAUCUACACACUAGCGACGGGCGCCCAGGAAACGGAGGUUGCUAGGCUGGUCAGUCCGGUGGUGACAGUCGGUCAGUCUGACCUGUGCGUCUCGUUCUGGUACCACAUGUUUGGCUCGCACAUCGGCACGCUACACAUCAAACAGAGGAAGGAGACGGUGGAUGGCAUGGCCGACAUACUUCUGUGGACCGUCAGCGGUCACCAGGGCAACCGCUGGAGAGAGGGACGCGUGCUGGUGCCGCACUCCAGUAAACCCUAUCAGGUGGUGAUUGAGGGGUUGGUGGAGAGGAAGAGCUGGGGUGAUAUCGCUGUGGACGAUAUCAAGAUCCUUGACAAUCUGAACAUGGUUGACUGCAAAGAUCCUGAUGUUCCUACAGAGCCCAUGCUACCUGAAGACAGAUUCAAUGAAAUCCUUGUGGACAUCACAGACUUCCCUGAGAUCGUGGAGAACAAUGAGAUCCUGAACGGUGUCAGUGGCGGGGCAGGUAACAUGCUCAAGACACUGGACCCUAUCCUCAUCACCAUCAUCGCUAUGAGCGCCCUGGGGGUCUUCCUGGGGGCCAUCUGUGGGGUCGUCCUCUACUGUGCCUGCUCACAUGGCCACAUGUCUGACAGGAACUUAUCCGCUCUGGAGAACUAUAACUUUGAGCUGGUGGAUGGAGUCAAGCUAAAGAAGGACAAACUCAACUCACAGAACUCAUACACAGAGGCGUGAAUAGGAAGGGGGAAGUGAGAUGUGCGUGUGGGGAGUGCACAAGACUGUAGGCAUAGCCAAGACUCAAUAAGUUUCCGGGCCUAAAGGGACUGCCGGAAGCCUCUCAUUGGAGGAGGCCCAGGUUCAGGAACCAAUGGGAGGUUGUGACUGAUCCAUUGCUUUUCUCAGGAGCUGCAGUAACAGGAACCUACCAGUAGGGGACACUGUGUACAAAAUUAAAUACAGGAGAAAAAAUCUGUACAGAUGAUGAGAUGAUUAUUUUAAUUUUUCUAUUUGAUUUUCAUUCAUUUUUACAAUCGGAUGCUGGUGUUGAGACCAAUUUAAUGAUUAUAAUGUUUAAAGUAUUUAUCAUUUUCUGGGAGGAAGAAACCAUUUUGUUAUUAUUAUUUUAAAUCAAAGUUGUUAUUUUUGUGUUGAAAGAGAAGUAUCAAAAUCCAAAAUGAACCAUAACUGACAAUGUCGUUGGUACUACUGCCACAUGGGGGGAUAGAAGCAGGGCGUGCCCCCCCCCCUUUAUGACCCCUGCCCUCUGCCUCUGUCUAGAGGUGCGGAUCAGAGGUUAAGGGUAACGGUCACACCCCUUGGCAGUAGAUGGUUCUGACAGUGCCUUUAAUACACCUUAGUUGGCGUUUUUUUCCUUCAUUAAGUUCUGACAACGUUAUGAUAAUGAUCCGAAAACUAAAGCAGGGGCUUUAAAUGAGCUAAUAAUCAAGUCUGCAAAACCUGAUCCAAUCCAAUCCCUCCAUGGCGCUUUUCUCCCUCUGUCCCAGACACACAUAAUAUUGUAUAUAAGUUUUAAUAUAUUUUAAUGCCCUUUUUUAAGAAAGUAAAAGGUAAAAAACAACAAAAAAGCUGCUGUAUCCCUUUUUUUCAAUGGGUUGUGUUGUAAAUACAAUCAUUUGACUGUUGUUGUGAAGAGUGAAGUGCUGUGGUUGUAUUGUUUCAUUUCGUUGCUCUCCGGAAGAGAGAGCAGACUCUGUGUGCUGUGUGAAGAUAGACCGCUGUUAGGACAGUUCAGUGCACGUUCAAAGAAGACUUGCUCGUUCAACCUGACUGAGCAGCCAAUGUCAUCUCUGUUCCCUAGAUGCAAUCCAAUUCAUGACACCAUGGAGGGGACAACGAAGAAGUUAUCAUAAACACAAAUCAAAAAAGACAAACAGUUGUAUUCAUGUUAUUAACUUCAACACACUAAUUAACAUCUGGCAGCCACACACCCCUAUCCUCCUCCCCUCACACAGGGUCUGUCCUCUUCUCUCAUAUCAACAGCAGCAGUGGAGGAAGAUAUAUGGAAUGUCUGUCUGCCAGCAUACCAAAAAAAAAACAACCAUUGCUUUUGCUUUGCUUUAGCUAUAUGAGUUGACCAGUGGAGUUGACCACCUCUAGUUCCAUAGGUAGCAGGUACUCUAGUGGGUUAGAGAGUUGGGACAGUAACCAAAAGGUUGCUUGUUUGAAUCCCUGAGCUGACAAGGUGGAGAAAUCUGCCUUUCUGCCCUUGAGCAAGGCGGUUUACCCCCCAAAACAACUGUGUGCUGUGGAUGUUGAUUAAGGCAGCCCCCUUCAGAGGGCUUUAAUGCGCAAGACACAUUUUGGUUGAAUGCAUUCAGUUGUGCAACAGACUAGGUAUCUCCUUUCCCAGGCAAAUUGUGGAUUGUCCUACAAAAAACACAUUGCAACUUAGAAUGCACUGUGUCAUUCAACGUGUAAAUCCUCUCUAGAGCUUUCACAACUGGCUUUCAUGUUCCCACAACAGGUUAGAUUUUCAUAAUCAUGAUCAUAGGUUUGUAUUGUGUUGUCACAUAUUGGACACACUACAGCCUAGGUUUACGUCUAUAAAACGUGUAGCAGCCAAAUGUUGCGAUGUCAGGGCGGAUGUCAUAAGGGAAGGACGCUGGUACAGAGCUAAGCGGUCGAGUGAUGUCAUCAUGCAUGGCGAAUCAGGUCACUCGCCCCCGUUGUCUUUACCAAAGGAUGAUUGGAUACCUCUUCUACUUGGGGAGGGGUUUGUGAUCAGCACACUACUACUGGACGGUCCGCAGCCUUUUAACCACAUCCACACCUUUUUCAAUGAACGUUCACAGGAAAUUGAUCUCUUGCGUUGCACUGACUGGAAUGGACUCCCGGGCAAUUUCAAAAAGAGGAAGGUGGGUUGACUAUAGAAACUGCAGUGUUUGAUGGUUCAUUUUUAUACAUGUUUUUCAGCUGAAGUUGCAUAUCUUGCGUCAAUGUAAACUCUGAAAUCUCUUGAGACCUACCGAUGGAUCUAGCAAUGCUCCAAAAGAGUUUUGGAUGGGGGAGUAAAGGUCUAAGGAGGACUUGACCAUUGGAAAGGCCCAUUGGAUUUUCUACACCACAACAAUCAGAGACAUAAUGAUGUUGAACAGGAGGACAUCUGCUAUAUCUGUGUACUAUGUCGUGUGCUGUGGUGAACACAUGCUCAGCUUGGCUUUUGUUCAUUUCAGGUUUGAUGUCCCACUUUGCAAUGCUUACUGUUUUGUGCAUUCAGCUUUGAGGACAGUAUCCACAGUCUGGUAACUAGAGAAAAGGAUACUGUAGGGUGGAAACUAAAAAGAAACAAUGUUGCACUGAUAAAUAUAUUUAAGAAGUUUGUGUUUAUAGCAUUCAUUUGUAAAGAAAAUCUAAAACUGAAAAAAACUGUGUUCAUUUUCUUUCUUCUUUUUUUAUAGUUUCAGAUUGUGAUAUAAUUCAGAAAUGUACAAAUUGAGAUGUUUUCAUUAUUGAAAAAGGUAUACAAAAUUCCUAUAGUUAUGUCCCCAUUUACCUGGAUUAUUAGAGCUUCGUUUUGUACUGUCAUUCAAAUUUUGUGCACAUUUUUUUUACCAAAAAAAAAAAAACUUUUAUUUUCAAUACUGCUUCUGUAAUUUGCUGUUGUAGGAAAAGAUUAAUAAACAGCAAGCCUUAAAAAAAACUGGGCGGAACAUU